AUGAAUGGCCAGGAAUUGGUAUUAGGCGCAUUCGGUGUCUAUUUGGCGUUGUUUUUGGUGAUUGCCAUAACCAGCAUCCGAGCAAUACUUGCUGACGAUGGCGUUGACAAGCACACAUUCUGGGAUGACGACGUCGUGGUCGAUAUUGACACUGAGAGGCCCAUCAACUUCCUGAACUGUGCCUGCUAUGGCCUCUCUGAGCUCAGGGAGGUGGUCCUCCGAGCAUGGUCGCCGGGCAUUGAAGACACGCCAGAUGGUAUUGGGGCGACGCUGCGGAGAUCCCGUGACGAUUGGCAGAUCCUUGCGGCCACGCGCCAUGUCAUACUCCCUACACAACCGGUGCAUGUCAGCCACCUGAUGGUGCUGAAGUGCCUAAGGCAGGGAGGGUGUGACGAUUUUUUGUUCAUCCUGCCGUUCCACGAGGCCAUGCAGACGAACGAGAUCGCCGCCAUUGACAGCGAAACCAAGUCAAAGUUGCAGGUUAAACUGAUUAGAGGUGUAUCAAGAGCCGAACGUGAUUGCGUUCACGUCCUCCCCGAUGACGAAUACCAGUCAUUCAAACAAGAUGCCGCCUGCAGGGACUCCUGCUACCCGGCGGUGUACCGAGUGCAUCUGGACGAAACCAUCGGCGCUGAAACCACCACCAAGGUCAGGGUCGACUACUAUCUGGGGAAGCCGUACACUCCGCUGCAACGCCGCCUGCAGUUAGGUGAACAGCAACGGGUUGCCUUCGGCCUCAGCACGCUGCUUCCAAGCCCCUACCACUCCGUCUCCCAGAAAACGCGGCUUAUAUUGAUGUCCGAGCUCAAUAUAGACGUGGUUUCGUUACACGUCUACGCCACUUUGAGUGAGAUAGCGGAGAAUAUCUUCCUUUGCGGACCGUUCGACAAAGUGGAGCUGCUGUCUUCUGGGGAGCCCAUGGUUCUCACCAUCGACUGCACCGACAGUCUGGAAUAUAUCCCACAGCUGCAUAAGCAAAUCAGCGUCCCUAUGUGCCCCUUCAGUGGCCAUAUCCAGAUUGCGGAGCAUUACGUGGUUUACAACGAUGCCUCGCCGGUAGAGGGCCACUUCUCCCUGGAAACGCUGAGAGAAAUAGAUAGGAAUGAGGGCGCUCGCCGUGGCGGCGGGAAUUUCGUGACAUACAUGGACGCGCUAUUUCCGCAGCAGGCGACCAAACUCAGAUACUACGAUGACAUCGGAAACAUCUCACGGGCGUACCUGAUCGACAGGAAUGCGUCACAUAACUACAAGUCCGUACAUCUGCUGCCGAGGUACCCGCUGCUGGGUGGAUGGAAGGCGUCGUUCACGGUGCAGUACCGCCUACCGCCAUGCAUCCUGCACUCCAGAAAGGAAGUGGGAUACACGCCAAUCGAUCGAUUUGCUCUCAACAACGCCUUUCGCGUCGCCGAUUGGAUCUGGAAUUAUGUGAAAGGCGGGGAGUUUGUCGUAUGCGCCCCGCUGUACCCGGCGAUAUACUACAUGUAUAUCCACAGGGCGACGCACACUUUAACGCUGCCACCAGGUGCCAAGGUCACUCGAGUGGAUUCGCCACGUGACGCCGUGGUAGAAGUGAAACAACGACAGCGGAUGGUGCUCGGCGCAGCUGUAUCCAUACAAGAAAUCACAGUAAACGUAUCCAGACUGGCGCUGCACGGCAUGGAGCCGUACUACACGGAGCAAGUGCUCGUGGCAUACACCGUCAGCGCUUGGUGGCUGUGGCGUGUGUUCGGCGUGGUCGUCCUCCACGCCGCCGCCGGCUGGGCCGCGGUCCACUUCUGGAGAAGGUAA